UGAAAAUGAACCGCAUGCGCCUACGCAUCGCCGAACGACUCAAGCAAUCCCAGAAUACCGCUGCAUCAUUGACGACUUUCAACGAGGUAGACAUGUCUUCCAUUAUGGAGUUUCGCAAGUUAUAUAAGGAUGAGAUCCUAAAGAAGACUGGUGUCAAACUUGGCUUCAUGAGCGCGUUUUCACGAGCAUGUGUUCUAGCCAUGAGAGAAGUCCCUGCUGUCAAUGCAUCUAUCGAAGGGCCAAACGGUGGCGACACCAUUGUGUAUCGUGACUACGUCGACAUCUCGGUGGCUGUCGCUACUGAAAAGGGACUGGUCACACCAGUUGUGCGUAAUGCUGAAUCUCUAGAGCUUGUAGGCAUAGAGAAGACCAUUGCAGAUCUGGGAAAGAAAGCCAGAGACAACAAGCUUACCAUCGAAGACAUGGCCGGCGGAACUUUUACCAUAAGCAACGGUGGAGUUUUCGGCUCUCUCAUGGGUACCCCAAUCAUCAACUUGCCCCAAACCGCUGUUCUUGGCCUACAUGCUAUCAAGGACAAGCCCGUAGCUAUCAAUGGCAAGAUUGAGAUUCGACCGAUGAUGUAUCUCGCUCUUACCUACGACCAUCGUUUGCUUGAUGGCAGGGAGGCUGUCACUUUCUUGGUUAAGGUUAAGGAAUUCAUCGAGGAUCCCCGCAAGAUGCUUCUAGGAUAAGGGAAU